UCGGGCCUCGCGGAAAUGGGCGAGCAUAAUCUCCUGAACCCCGGGUUUGUGGGGCCGCUGGUGAACAUCCACACGGGGGACACCUUCUACUUCCCCAACUUCCGCGCGUCGGGGGCGCAGCUGCCCGGGCUGCCGUCGCUGUCCUACCCGCGCCGCGACAACGUGUGCUCGCUGCCCUGGCCGUCGGCGGAGCCGUGCAAUGGCUAUGCGCAGCCCUACCUGGGCGGCCCGGUGCCGCUCAGCCCCCCGUUCGGCCGCACCUGCGAGCUGGCGCGCGUGGAGGACGCCAAGGGCUACUACCGCGAGCCGUGCGCCGAGGCGGCCGGGGGGCUGAAGCGCGAGGAGCGCGGCCGCGAGGGGGCCCCGGGCGCGGGCUCCGGGGCCGCGCUGCUGCCGCUCGAGCCGUCGGGGCCGCCCGCGCUCGGCUUCAAGUACGACUACGCGGCGGGCGGCGAGGGGGGCGCGGGGCCGGCGCACGACCCGCCCUCCUGCCAGUCUCUCGAGUCCGACUCCAGCUCGUCGCUGCUCAACGAGGGAAACAAGGGCGCCGGCGCGGGGGACCCUGGCGGCCUGGUGUCGCCUCUCAACCCUGGCGGCGCGCUCCCGGCCAGCGGCGCGCCCUGGUACCCGAUCCACAGCCGCUCGCGGAAGAAGCGCAAACCUUACUCCAAGCUGCAGUUGGCGGAGCUGGAGGGCGAGUUUCUGGUGAAUGAGUUCAUCACACGGCAGCGCCGGAGGGAACUCUCAGACCGCUUGAAUCUUAGUGACCAGCAGGUCAAGAUUUGGUUUCAGAACCGGAGGAUGAAAAAGAAAAGACUUUUGUUGAGGGAGCAAGCUCUCUCCUUCUUUUAGGAGACAAGACCAGGGCACCAGUCCCAGACUGAGCCUGUCUCUGGCAGAAAGCAAGGGGGGCCCUGCCUGGGACACAGGCCCAGCUUAGAAUGCUGCCCGCCCUCCCUGUCCGGCAGGCCCUCCCUGGAUGUCCUCUUGUCUGUUUUGUCUGUGGUUCCCUUCCACACACCCAUUGCAGGCCCUGCCAGGUCCCAGAGAGAAAGGAAGAGCCCAUCCUGGGAGAGAGGAAAGCCCACAGUUCAGGUGGGGAUAAGGGGCAGGGAGCAGAGAGUGCUGAGAGGCUGGGAAGCUGUGGGUUUUAGGUGGGAGGAGGCCUAGGCCUGUGACAGCAUCUAGAGGGGAUACCACCUAAGGUGGAGCCCCUCCUGUCACUUUCCUUCCAAGAUCUGAAGUCUGUCUGUCUCCAAAAGAGUGAGAGGUGAGAGUGGAGGCCAUGGGACAGGGCUCCCCAGAUGGUAAGAAGCUGAGACAGUGAAGGAGGUGGGGGUGGUUAGGAGCAUGUGUGAUUUGGGAGAAUGCAUUUUGGCCAAGUCCCCUGGGCGCUGAGUUCUAGGGAACUCAGAAUGGGCAGAGGAAUGGAUGUUGGGCCAACCAGGCUGAUGACAAGGUGGUCUUUAGCCUUCUGGUCCCCAGUUCUCCCCCAAUUCCCCUGUGCACCCAUAUCCAUAUAGGUGUGCUGCCAUCACUCCUUCCGCCUCUAGGCAGCUGCUGGCAGGGAACCCCCACCCCCACCCCCACCCCAGAGCUGAGUGGAGACAGCCUACUAUUCAGUAUGCACUCCAGGCACCCCCACCUGGCCCUACCUGGAAGCUCUAGGGUCUGUGAAAGGAGUUUCAGAAUGUGAAACUGGCCUAGAGAGUUUCUGGCAGCUGCUGCAGUGGCUGCUGAUUCUCCCUUCCCCUCUGGCGUUCAUGGUCAUGGCUGGAGGCUGUACUGAUGUAAUUUAUGGGAAUUCACCUCUGAAGGGGCUUCUGGCCUCAGAGGCUCCCCACACAGCCUAGGUUUCCCAGGCUGGUGACAAUGAAGGAGGGGGAUGCUGCAGCCCCCCCAUCUUACUCCUUUCUUUCUUUUACUCACACCCCCAAUCCACAACCCCCCCCCCAAUAUCUCCUUUUGUUUUGAGAUCCUCUGCCUCCCAAGCUGGUGAGCCACUGAGUUAGAGGACCAGAGUAGAGGGAGGCUCUCAGCCCCAGAACCCGGUGAAGAGCAGAGAGUGGCUGCUCCAUCCCAGGGCCUUUGAUUCCUGGUUCUCUUGGAAAGUAGUAGCCCCAACCCACAGAUAGACCACCAGGCUGCCUCAGGAGCCACCUUCCUUCACUCCCCUUUCUUCUAUCCCCUCCAGUCUCCCAUCUGCUGGCCCACCCUGGCCCUGGCCCUGGCUGGGGGCUAGAAGACAAGAAGUAGGGUGCUGAUGGGAGUGAAGACUAAUCUGGACAGUGUAGAGCUGGCCUGUUGGUGGCUUGGAGUUGGAGUUGUUCUCACCUGGGGAGCAUCUCCCCUAGCAUACCCUCCAGAAACAGUCUCUAACUCACCCACUCCAGCACAUGCUUCAAGCCCCUGUACAGGAUUGUGCAGAGAAGGGGGGCAAACACAUAGGUGAGCCUACACAGCACUGUGCCCACUUGUUCUCCCAUUGCAGCCCACUCUCCUUUAAGCUGGCAGUCCCCCCCCCAUACAGCCCUGCAGAGUGACUGUACAAUCACACUCCCCCACUUCCCCUGGACUCCUGACACCCGACACUUCCCUAUUCACCUCAGCUUGGUAGAAACCACAAUGAUUCUAGUUGCCUGCACUCCCUUUCUUUGCCUGGUGAGCCAGAGAGGCCUCCCCCCACCACUGCCCUUUGGGGAGCCCCCCCUCUCAGCCCCUUUUGUGACUUUGGGUGCUUAAUUGGAGUUCUCCUACUCUAGCCCCCCCCACACACACACACACAGCCUGCUAGAGAAGAAAGACCAGAAAAUGCCAACAGGGGCGGAAGGGUGAGGGGACAAAGAUAUGCAAUAUUCUCUUCCUGUUGCUUUAAACUUGACUUGUGUGAACUUCUCUGUCAAUCUGUGUCCUAUUCUCUGUGUGCUGCUAGAACCCAGUGUAGUCCCUGUGGGGUGGGGGGGCACCCUCCCCAACUCUCCAGUGUGCCCUCCUGUGCAAACGUCUGUCUCUAGCACGUUCUCCCAUUGUAUAGUUCACAUACAGAGUUGCCUCAUCAUAUUAAUAUCAAUAAUAAUAUUAAACCAUGACUGGGUGA